AUGUCGAACUUGGGACAAUUUGACUCUGAUUUUUACCAGUCUAAUUACACCAUUGAUAAUCAGGAGCAAAGCCAUGAUGAUCCUAACGUCUAUGGAAGUCUUUAUGGAUCCAGACUUCAACAGACCAGUGAGCAGCCUCAGUCUACCUCUUUUGUGCCACCAGAGAUGCUCAUGUCAACAUGUUACACAGGACAGUUUCUUCAGCCAGCAUCCAACCCAGAUUAUUACUCACAAUCUCCUUACAUUGACAGUUUUGAUGAAGAGCCUCCUUUGCUAGAAGAACUGGGGAUUAAUUUUGAUCACAUAUGGCAAAAAACCUUGACAGUAUUAAAUCCAAUGAAGCCAGCAGAUGGCAGCAUUAUGAAUGAAACUGACCUCGCAGGACCCAUUCUGUUUUGCAUUGCCUUGGGAGCCACCCUGCUUCUGGGAGGAAAAAUCCAGUUUGGUUACGUGUAUGGCAUGAGUGCCAUUGGCUGCUUGGGGAUUCACACCUUACUAAAUUUGAUGAGCUCUUCAGGGGUGUCCUAUGGCUGCGUGGCGAGUGUAUUGGGUUAUUGUUUGCUGCCCAUGGUCAUCCUAUCCAGCUGUGCCAUCUUCUUUUCACUGCAGGGCACCUUUGGCACUAUGUCAGCGCUGGUCAUCAUUGCCUGGUGUAGUCUCUCUGCUUCCAAAAUCUUUAUUUCAGCCUUGGACAUGGAAGGACAGCAACUUCUUGUUGCCUACCCUUGUGCCUUACUUUAUGGACUUUUUGCUCUCCUAACAGUUUUCUAA